UGAGCCCUCGCCCCUCCCUCGGGCAGUCACCUGGGCACCCGCGCUACAGGUGCCGGGGCCUCGAUCUUGCGGAGCCGGCGGCCAUCGAUCUUCGGGUGGCCUCGAGGCGGUGGCAGGGCCGCCUCCUGCAGUCCGGAGGCGAGCGCACGAACCCGGCCUCCGGAGGAAGGUUCAGCUGGGAGAAACCGCUCCCGCUUGGUGCUACACUUGCGCAAAAUGAUUCUGAGCUUACUCACAUGGCAUUUUGGUAUAGCAAAAUGAAAUGCAAGGAACCAAAAAUAACAUAAUUGAAGGCAGUAAACCUGAAGUUAAAUAGAAAGAUCAUCAGUCCAGGAAGACCUACUGGAGAGGAUGGAAAAUAAAGGAAGCCAUGUUUUAUGUGCAUUUCAGCAGGUCUUCUUGAAAUUUAACUGAAAAUAUGACUGCUCUCUCUUCAGAGAACUGCUCUUUUCAGUACCAGUUACAUCAAACAAACCAGCCCCUAGAUAUCAACUGUCUGCUAUUCUUGAUCAUACUUGGGAAAAUAUUAUUAAAUAUUCUCACACUAGUAAUGAGAAGAAAAAACACCUGUCAAAAUUUUAUGGAAUAUUUUUGCAUUUCACUAGCAUUCGUUGAUUUUUUACUUUUGGUAAACAUUUCCAUUUUAUUGUAUUUCAGGGAUUUCAUACUUUUAAGCAUUAGAUUUACUAAAUACCACAUCUGUCUAUUUACUGAAAUUAUUUCCUUAACUUAUGGCUUUUUGCAUUAUCCAGUUUUCCUGAUAGCUUGUAUAGAUUAUUGCCUGAGUUUCUCUAAAACAACCAAGCUUUCAUUUAAGUGUCAAAAAUUGUUUUAUUUCUUUACAGUAAUUUUAAUUUGGAUUUCAGUCCUUGCUUAUGUUUUGGGAGAUCCAACCAUCUACCAAAGCCUGAAGCCACAGAAUGCUUAUUCUCAUCACUGUCCUUUCUAUGUCAGCAUUCAGAGUUACUGGAUAUCAUUUUUCAUGGUGAUGAUUUUACUUGUAGCUUUCAUAACCUCUUGGGAAGAAGUUACUACUUUGGUACAGGCUGUUAAGAUAACUUCCUAUAUGAACGAAACUAUCUUAUAUUUUCCUUUUUCAUCCCACUCCAGUUAUACUGUGAGAUAUAAAAAAAUAUUCUUAUCCAAGCUCACUGUCUGUUUUCUCGGUACCUGGUUACCAUUUGUACUACUUCAGGUAAUCAUUCUUUUAUUUAAAGCACAGAUUCCAGCAUAUAUUGAGAUGAAUAUACCCUGGUUGUACUUUGUUAACAGUUUUCUCAUUGCUACAGUGUAUUGGUUUAAUUGUCACAAACUUAAUUUAAGAGACAUCGAGUUACCUUUGGACCCAUUUGUCAACUGGAAGUGCUGCUUCAUUCCACUUACAAUUCCUAAUUUUGAGCAAACUGAAAAACCUCUAUCAAUAGUGACUUGUUAAUAUUAUGAAGUAAAAGUUACAGCUAUAACAAGGUCAUAAUUUUACAAACAGAACUCAGGACUUACUAAAAAAUAAACUCAACUAAA